AUGCAGGAUAUCAAAAAAAGAAAUAAGAGUAACAAUGUCAUCCAAACCGAAAAUAAAGACAGAAAUGCAAGAAAUUCUUCAUCUCCUAAUAAAAUGCAGAUUAACAAAAACAUAUCGCUAAAAAUACUGUCCCGUGUUGUUAUGACAUUUUCUCUUCUGGCAGUGGUAUACUUUUCAUCCAAAGAUGAUAAAUUCAAGACCUUUGCUAAACAAUCUGAGCUGUUAGUUGGUAAAGGCUUAGUUGUUGAAUGUUCUCCCUCAUAUGUAAAAGAUUUAGACAAGUAUGAAGGAUGCUUUCCUCAAGAAUGUAAGAGAUUUGUCACUGACAAAGUAAUAUCACUGAGGGAAGCAGAUGAACUCUUAGCCAUUGCUAAGAAAGGGCUGAAGUUGGGAGGCUCAUCCGGUGGUGCAUCAAUAUUAGACUUGCACAGUGGUGCACUUUCAAAGGGAAAACAAUUCAUCAAUAUUUACAAACAAGAAGCAGCCUUAAACUUGUUUGAUCAGAAUGACUUCAAUAUUUAUAGGGUGGUAAAGGAGAAAAUUAAAUAUGCUGUAGCUCAUCAUUUUGGAGUAGACCCAAAUAAAAUAUACUUGACACACCCUACAUUUUUUUCUGAAAUAACUUCUAAAAAAGCUGUUACUGUUCAUGAUGAGUAUUGGCAUCCGCAUGUUGAUAAAGAGACAUACCAAUCUUUCCACUACACUACAUUGUUAUAUCUAGGAGAUUAUAACAUUGAUUUUAAGGGUGGCAGAUUCGUCUUUGUUGACGAGAAAUUUAAUAGGACUGUAGAGCCAAGAAAAUCACGACUUAGCAUGUUUACAAGCGGACGUGAGAACCUACAUUAUGUAGAAAAAGUGACGUCUGGCACCAGAUAUGCAGUGACCAUUUCAUUUACGUGUGACAAGCAUCAUGCUAUAGAAGAUCCUAGUAUAAACAAAUACGAAAUAAAUUAA